GAGAGAGGACGCGGGCAACUUACAGCGAGACAGACACCCGGUCCAGGCUCAGCACAGCUGGCGAGCGAGUCCCACAAGGUGAACAUCAGAGAAGAGGAGACAUUUCGGCAGCCGGAGGGGGGUACUGACGUGAUCACCGGCCGGACAUUUAGGACGACUGAGACAUUGGUGCUGCACUGGAAUUACAAAAAACAAUCAUCCCCAAGAAGAAAUAAAGCAAUAAAAUAAAAAAGACAAAUAACCUUUUUCCAAAGAACUAAACUGGUUCGUUGCAAAAGGGGCAACUUUUGGCAAAACUUGCAGGAAGACUUGAAGCUGAAGUUGAAAGUUUCCUCCUCUACUCCAGGGUGGACAAGUUCUGCUUUCUUCUCGCCGGCCGCAGUUCAUCCCACAGAUCUCUACAUCAGAAUCAGCCAGACCAGCAGCAUGUCCUCUGCGUGUGCAAAGUGCAUCGUGGGAGCCUGACGCAUCAUGUGCAAAUGGACGCCCCCCGUUGUCCGUCUCUGUCCUGACUUGGUCCUGGACGCCGUCCCCUCCGCUGGACGCUUUUUCCCUGGGACGACCUCCUUCUGCUUGGCAUGCUUCACAUUGCUCCUGGUGGCCGGGACCGUCCUGGGAGAGUGUCCCCUAGGGGGUCAAGGGGGAACGGGCCAUGAGACUCUGCCGGGGCUGGCGGGGGGUACAAACUGCUCCUGGACGCUAGAGCGCCACACCCGCAGCUACAACCACCUGGAGGGUGACGUGCGGCUGCGAAGACUCUAUUCCGCCAACAAGUUCUUCCUGUGCAUCGACAAGACGGGCAAGGUGGAUGGGACUCGACGCAAAAACUACGCCGACAGUCUCAUGGAAAUACGAUCUGUCAGCGUUGGAGUCGUUGCGAUCAAAUCCGUCAGCACUGGCCUUUACCUGGCUAUGUCAAAAAGAGGGACACUCUUCGGAUCGGUGAAAUACAGCUCCAACUGCAAGUUCAAGGAGCGGAUUGAGGAAAACGGCUACAACACGUAUGCUUCCUUGCGCUGGAAACACGGCGGGAGGCAGAUGUUCGUCUCGCUAAACGGACGGGGGAAGCCGCGGAGAGGUCACAAGGCGCGAAGGAGACACCCAUCCACGCAUUUUCUGCCCAUGUUGCCUUCAUAGCUCAAACUACAGACUC